AUGCCCAAGGUCAACAGCUAUGCGCCGGCUUGGCUGUGCCGGCCCUCGCCUGGUGCUAGCCUCUUCACCAGCACCUCAGUCAAAAGCCCUGCGGAGGGAUUGCAAAACGAAAAGAACAUUUCUGGUACGAACGGACCGACACGGACUAUCGCGAAAAGAGGACACGAAGUUUUCGCCGUCGUUGAUAAUGAAAUUCGCUGGUCGAACCUUGCGCGACUGAAGGAUCAAUGGGAACAGCAAAGCAAACAAAAGAAGGCUGCCGCUGGACAAGCCAAGGAGACGACAGAUGGAUCUGAUAUUCCAUCUUACAGGGUUCUAGCUGUGCCCGUCUACGGCCUGAUCAAGCAGAUUCUCCCCUCGCCAAAUGGCGCCUUCCUGGCGAUCGUCACUGAGCAUACAGUACACAUCUCAGUCCUCCCAGAUGCCUCGCAUCUCUCGUCGACCGACUCAUCUCCGAUCCGCUUGAAGACCUACCAGCUCGGCCCUACUACGCAUGUUAUUCCGGAGGCACCGGUAGUUUCAGCACUGUGGCACCCCCUCGGACUACAUACAAACCUCAAUGGUUGCAUUGUCACUGUCACUGCGGAUUCAGCAGUGCGGGUCUGGGAGUUGGACCGAAACAACCACUGGUCCUUCGACCAGCCUACACUGGCCGUGGAUCUCAAGAAGCUCAUCGAUGGAACCUCCUCCGACCAGGAUUUUGCGCCCUCCAAAUUUAGUAACAAUAAGGGAUUUUCUGCGGACAUUAUCGAUAUGGAGGCCAGCUCGGCUUGCUUCGCAGGUAAUGGAGACGAACGAGAGGAUGCCUGGGCGCCGAUGACCCUCUGGGUUGCAAUGCGACCAGGAGAUCUUUAUGCUCUUUGCCCCCUUCUGCCUGCUAAAUGGCAAGCUCCUUCGACCACAAUUCCCUCUCUUUCCGCCGCCAAUGGCCCUAAACUAGCGGCGCUUCAAGAGUGCGGUGAAGACCAAGAGGAGCAGCUAGCGGCGGCUCGACAGCAAUUUGACUGGCUGCGUGAAAUUGAUAACCAGGUAUCUCUGGGGCCAUCAUCUGGUGCAGUCGUGGGCGCGGAUGUCUACUCUCGACCUAUCAACCCGAGCGCUGUUCCGCGCUUGCAAGGACCGUUCCGCUUUGAUUCUGGUGACGAGGCAGAUGAUCUGGAUCUUUGUGACAUCCUGGUGAUUGCUCCCAGACUCAAUGUCGAGGACCUGAUGGAGGGUGAAGAUGAGCAGUUGGCUGUGGAAAUUACCGAACAAGACAAGCUCUCAGCCACUGUUAUCUGCCUUUCCAGCACAAACGGCCGAGUUCACGUCUGCUUGGAACUCGACGGUGUUGAAGGCCAGUGGUUGCCGAAGACCACUAAGGCUUCGACCUUUGAAGCUCCUUGGUCGGGGCCUUCUGACAUGGUCUUGGUUGAAUCGCUUGACACCCUCAAAACGGGCGAAGCCAGUUCAACUGCCUGGCCUACUUUUACCAAGGAUGUGCUUUCAAGGUAUUCCUUCUUCGUCACAACCCCAACCAACGUCGUGUCCUUUUCUAUGUCUGCUUGGGCGCAAAGACUCGAGGCUGAGUUGCAAUCAGAGGAUGCAUCUGGCUCGGAAUUCCGACUUGGAGUAAUCUGCGAUGGAGAGUUUAUCAAAAGACAACGGAUUCUCCAGGUGUCAGAAACGGAUGUUACUGCCCAGAAAGAGCACCUGGCUGCAUCCCUACUCUUCUAUGAUUACGAUCUCGGCUACCUGCUCAUCACCUACCACCCUUCGAACCCAUACGCUGCCAUUAUGGAUGCCCCGGAGGAGUCUUUCUCCGCGGCAAUGGAAUUGUAUGAGAACAAGUCCCCGGUGCCUGGUUCUAACCCUUUGCCACCCCGCCGAGCUCCGUAUCAAGUUCCCGCCGUUCUUUACGCAAAGUCGCCAUUGGAUUCCUUUGUCGAGAAGCAUGUUCCUCACCGCCAGCGACAGACUCUCAAGGAACAUGUCCGCAUGUCUCCGGCGACUUUGGACCUGGUCACCACUGCUCAUCGUGUGCUUUCUGCUCACACCAAUGCCCUCGAGCGAGCUGCUUCAGAUCUGUUCCGUCGUUGCGAGCGUUUGCAGGGCGAGAUGAAGGACCAGCUCAGGCAGCUGUCUGAUGUUGCAGAGCGUAUCAAGGGCGUGACGAGCGAGAUUGACGAAGACGGCAAUCGCCAGGAAGGAGUCCGAGACAGCAAAGCCCUAGACAACAGGGUGCAGGCAGCAAGAGACAGACAGGAUCAACUUGUCCAACGGUACGAGGCUUUGCGCAAGAAGGUUCUGAACUCUGGUGGCCGCCCCCUCAGCGAGAAGGAGAAGUCAUGGGUCGCAGAGGUUAAUACCCUUUCUGAAUCCUUUGACGACAAGCCGUCCAAGGAGGAGGAGGAGGAAAACCAGCGCAUGGCGCAGCGUUUGGACAUGGUCAAACGCCUUGCUUUCGAUCUUAUGGCGGAAACCAAGUCUAUUGCAGCUAAGGUGCCUUCUCCCACUGAGCCUGGUAGCCCUGCUUCCCCCAGUUCUCAACCCAGAGUGCCGCACCGCUUGCAACGGGCCAAGGUUGCAGAUGCAAUGAGGAUGGUCGAACGAGAGUCUGCUGUCAUCGACGCCAUUACAACUCGUCUCGAGCGACUUAAUACCAGCCUGUGA